UCACCGGGAAGAAACACCGUACGGUAGCAUUUUGCUUGGAUUAACUUUCAAUGGACACUGAUCAGAUCAAUCAGAUCCUUACACUUUUAUUGUUUCCAUAAUCAAUUCGUCUGAUUGUUUUUUGUUUUUUCGUUGUCGUUUCCGUUUUAUUACUUUUUUUCAAGUACAUCCAAAAACUUUACCUUCGUGACUCUCUUUUUUUGUUAAAUGCCAUGGCGAACACCUGCAUACAGUUCAGCGGUUUUAUGGUCAGUUGUAUUGGCUGGAUUGGGAUCAUCAUUGCCACUGCCACUAAUGACUGGGUCGUCACCUGCAAGUAUGGCAUGAACACAUGCAAGAAGAUGGACGAGCUGGGCGCCAAAGGCUUAUGGGCGGAAUGUGUCAUUUCAACAGCUCUGUACCACUGCAUAUCGUUGACUCAGAUCCUCGACUUACCUGCUUACAUCCAGACGUCUCGCGCGCUGAUGAUCACCGCCUCGAUCCUGGGGCUGCCCGCCGUAGCGCUCGUGCUCGUGUCCAUGCCCUGCAUCAACCUGGGGAACGAGCCCGAGAGCGUGAAGAGCAAACGCUCCGUGCUGGGAGGAGUCCUCAUUCUGCUAAUAGCGGCAUGCGGGAUCGUGUCGACCGUGUGGUUCCCGAUCGGGGCUCACCACGAGCAGGGCCUGAUGUCGUUCGGCUUCUCGCUCUACGCGGGCUGGGUGGGGUCCGUCUUCUGCCUGCUGGGGGGCUGCAUGAUCAGCUGCUGCUCCGGCGACGGCCCCGCCCAGUACACCGAGAACCGCUACUACUACUCCAAGCAGGGCGCCGCCAACCCCGCGCCCCCCUCCUCCGCCAACCACGCCAAGAGCGCGCACGUGUGAGAGGGACAGACUACGGCGGCGCAGGAGGCUGACCCUCUGAGGAGAUAACACCCAACCCUGCCCCACCCC